AUGGCAGCCGUCGACUGUCCCAUCUGCAAUAAGCCCGUCAAGGAGACGCUGAUCAACUCCCACAUCGACUCGGGCUGCUUGAACCACAUCUUCAACCCCGAACGCACAUCCUCCCCUCCAAUACCCUCCCAGACCAACGGCGCCAGCUCGACCGCGUCUUCAUCCCAGGCCAAACGUCCCGCAUCCUCCUUCUUCCAGACCCCCGCCGCGAAGCGCCAUGCCCCUCCGACCAAAGUCCUCACCACUCCCGCCAACAACAACAGCACCGCCGCCGCCACCACCACCACGACCCGUCCGACUGCCGGCGUGAAACGAAGCUACGACGACGGCCCUGGUGCCGCCCCCUCCCCCUUCGAAACCGCCGCCGCCGCCGCAGCUGUGACCGACACGGACAGUGAUGCCUCCCGACGGCCACCCCCAGAGACCGGCCCCGUCGCCAAGCGCACAAAGACGGCCCGCGCCGCACCGCUGGCCGAGCGCAUGCGUCCCACCACCCUCGACGACGUCUGCGGCCAAGACCUCGUCGGCCCUCACGGCGUGCUGCGCUCCCUCAUCGAGUCGGACCGCGUGCCCUCCAUGAUCCUCUGGGGCGGCUCCGGCACCGGCAAGACCACCAUUGCCCGCUGCAUCGCCCAGACCGUCGGCUCGCGCUUCAUCGAGAUGAACGCCACCUCGUCCGGCGUCGCCGAGUGUAAAAAGCUGUUCGCCGACGCCGCCAACGAGUCCGCCCUGACGGGCCGCAAGACCAUCAUCUUCUGCGACGAGAUCCACCGCUUCUCCAAGGCCCAGCAGGACGUCUUCCUCAAGCCCGUCGAGGCCGGCACCAUCACCCUGAUUGGCGCCACCACCGAGAAUCCGAGCUUCCGCGUCCAGGCCGCCCUGCUGUCGCGCUGCCGCACCUUCACGCUGUCCAAGCUGUCGGCCGAGGACGUCGCGCGGAUCCUGCUGCGCGCCAUCGACGAGGAGGCCCGCGCCAAGAACUACCCGGGCAGCCCGCUCAUCGACGCCGAGCUCGUCACCUACCUUGCCGCCUUCUCCGACGGCGACGCCCGCACGGCGCUGAACCUGCUCGAGCUCGCCCUGUCGCUCUCGACGAGGCAGGGCCUCACCAAGGAGGACCUCAAGGCGGCCCUGACGAAGACGCUCGUCUACGACCGCGCCGGCGACCAGCACUACGACACCAUCUCGGCCUUCCACAAGGCCGUGCGCGGCUCCGACCCGGACGCCGCGCUGUACUACCUCGCGCGCAUGCUGCAGUCGGGCGAGGACCCGCUGUUCGUCGCGCGGCGCAUGGUCGUCAUCGCCUCGGAGGACGUCGGCCUCGCCGACAACUCGCUGUUGCCGCUCGCCACGGCCGCGUAUACGGCCGCGCAGCAGAUCGGCAUGCCCGAGGCCCGCAUCCCGCUGGCCCACUGUGCUGUCGCGCUCAGCCUGGCGCCCAAGAGCACGCGCGCGUAUCGCGGGUUGAAUAACGCCUACGCGGCCCUCCGUGAGCCCGGCGUCGCGGCGUUGCCCGUGCCACUGCACCUGAGGAACGCGCCGACGCGGCUGAUGCGCGAGAUGGGGUACGGCGCCGAGUACAAGUACCCGCCCAACUACCGGGGCGGGAGGGUGCGGCAGGAGUACCUCCCGGACGAGCUCGUCGGGAGGCGCUUCCUCGAAGACAGGGACCUGGGGACCGAGGUCGAUCCAGACCUUGAGAUGGAGACGGAGUCGUGA